AUGUGUAAAAACUCCGUAUUCCACGGCCCCUCGUCAUGGCAUCCCAACGCUCCCAACACGUCGUCAUCUCAUCUCUCAGUCACUUUGCCUCAGCUCAGCCAGGGCCAGGCCGCAGUCGCUGCGCGCGAUCCCCGCGCCUAUCGCCCUGCGCAGCUUUCACGCGCGAUCCCGUGCCCAUCGCUCCGUGCAGCUCUCGCGCGAUCGCUGCUGACACACUGUUCAUCCUCUCUGCCAGCAUCCCACACGACCGCCGUUGCCGUAUCCCGCAGAAGACGGAAGUGGCGAUGGGUGCUCGCCCGCGCCCGCACUGGUGCCGGAUCCGGGAUGGGUGGCGAGCUCGGGAUAGUGGGCAGCGGGCAGGGGGUCGCGAUCUCAGACGACGGCGAGACAGACGUGCAGGGCAGGACGGUCGCGUUUGCGGACCCUGGGCAGGGGCGGGAGGAGCUAACACGUCCGGGGUGCCCACACUCCGCGUGUCGCUGGCAGGGCGACAUCCUCGGCAGGCUCUUGCGCCCCGUGAGCACGCCGCGCGUGAAUGCCCACGACAGAACGGGACAUGCUGCCCUGUAG